AUGCGAGCAGCCCCGCCCUCUCUAGCCACUGGUAGCUCUCUGUCGCUGGUGCACACCAUGCAGCCCUGGACUCCCCAUGAAACCAAGAGACGGUUGUCGGUACGAUGCCCUGCUGUGUGCUUCAAUCUGAUCUGUGUCUGUGUCCAGGUGCGCUGGAUGAUGUACUGGAUCGUAUUUGCUUUGUACACCGUCGCAGAGACCAUCACUGACCUGACCGUAGCUUGGUUCCCUCUGUACUACGAGCUGAAGAUAGCCUUCGUGAUCUGGCUGCUGUCGCCCUACACCAGAGGAGCAAGUCUCAUUUACAGGAAGUGUCUACAUCCCCUGCUUUCCUCCAGGGAGAGAGAAAUAGAUGAAUACAUCGUGCAGGCCAAAGAGAAGAGCUACGUGACCAUGGUGAACUUUGGCAAGCAGGGAUUGAGUAUUGCUGCUACUGCCGCCGUUACUGCUGCAGUCAAAGGUCAGGGGGCCAUAACAGAAAAGCUGCGCAGCCUGAGCAUGCAUGACCUCUCCCAGAUAGGCCAGCAGGACGACAGAGGAAACCAGCUCUACCAGUACAGCUCCCACUCAGCCAACCCGGCCGUCAGGAGAUCUCAGAACACCGACCCCGCCGCCAGAGAUGAGUACUACUACGAUCAGGAGGACGUGUCCGAUGAAGAGGCGGAGCCAACAUUCUCUGAAGACGAGGCCGUCAGCCAGAAAGGACUGAGACGCUCCCAGAGUGUUAAGAUCACGAGAUCCAGAGUUCGCAAAGACCAGCUUCGCUACGGAUCCCUGAAGAUCAAAGGCAAGAAGCGUCCGGCGCUGAGCUCCGUCAACUAUGGCGCUUCCUGAGACGACGGCAGCGCCGCCUGCUGAUUGGUGGAGGGUCCUGCUUCCUGUCUGCUGACCUCUGAUGACAUCCUGGUGACAUAUUAACCUCCUGAGCCGUCAGAGGAACCUUUUCUAAGGAACGUAGAGAUUGGGUGUGUGGUGUUUUGGACCCGUUCCUCCUCAUCAGCUCGGCCUUUUAGACGGACGCUGUGGUACCGCUGCAGCCGCGGAGAAACGGCUCGCUUUAACAUCGCAUCAUAGAUCUCUGCUUUCCAGAAUAAACCUGGCUGUAGGUUGUGUGGAUUGGAGGAUCUGGUGGACGUGACCUCUAUGUGUGUCUCUUUUAGUGGACGUUUGUCCUGUUUAUUAGGAUGUUUUUAUCUGUUCGUUGCUGUUUUUGAAUCCAGGCUUCGCUGAACUGAUGAGGAGCUUCUCCAUCAGAUUUACUCCCAGCUGAGCUUCAUGUCUUUCCUCCUGUGGCUCGUUGGAAAUGUUAACAUCAACCAACCAAACCGCCGCUGGCUGGAGGUCUUGGUCUUCUGCCUUUUAUCAUGAUUUUAGUAUCUAUUGGAUCUGGUUCUAUCUGUUCUGUCCUCAAUCAGCUUUUUAUUCUCUUUAUACUUCAUUUGCACAUCUGUUUAUAUCUGCAGCUGAUUUUCAUCUCAUAACUCAGUUUGCUGUGUGUGUGUGUGUGUGUGUGUAGGGGGGGCAGACCAAAUAUUAGCAGCGUCUCCAUGAGGGGCUUGUUGCUUACCCCCCCCCACUGUGUUUAAUGCUCUGAACUGACUAAUGAACCAAAGCAACAGCUCUGGACACUUUUCUACGUUUUAAUGAGUGUUUUUCUGAACGAUAAAUACACUAAAAUAAAAGCUGCCUGACGUCAUAAAGGCAAAAAGAAAAU